AUGUCUCUAUCUACAGUUUUAAAAAACAAUCUAUUUUUCAUCUUAACCUUCAUUAGAUUAGUUUUUAACAUUAAAAACUCCUCAAAUACACUAUUUCAUUAUAGGUUUGAUUAUCAUUUAAGAUUAAAUUUUAAUAAUACAAAAAAUAAUUUUUAUAAAUGUGAUAGUUAUUGA